AGUCACAGGGCAGUUGAAGCAAGCGAAAGCAGACUGAUGAUGGAAGUGUUGAUGCAGCUGAUCCUGCUAAUUCUGUCUUCAGCCAGUUCUCAUGACAUUGAGAACACUACACAGCAGAAAGACGGAACAGAUUCCAGUGGCAUCCCUCCAACUGCAGUGAACAGACUGAUGCAAACAAAUCUGCCACUUCUAAGUGUUCAUAACUUCAGACAGAAGAGGCAAGUUCAGUCGUCCUCCGUUGUCCCUAUCAAUGGCACUAACCUGAUGUGGGUGACCUGGAACAGCUCUCUUCCUAAUCAUUCCGUCUCACUUUACAAUGGUGAUACUGAUCGAGUUGAUUAUAUCUGUAAGUACAAGUGUGAUGCUGGCUUCUAUACGCCCAGCAAGGGUCCUUAUUGCUACUAUCCUAGUGCGAUAGAAAACAGAGGUUUUCCAUUUGAAAUAUUGGUUAACAAAGACAACUUUGAGAUCCUGGAGUGGAAGGCUGAUUCGUAUGGUUCAGUACCGAAGAAUUCAGUCUGGACCUGCUCAGGGAAGCAAAUAUAUGUGGGCAAGAACCAUUAUGGACUGGGGAAGGUGUCCACUAAAGAUAAGGUUUUCUACUUGCCUUAUAAUGAUAAAGAAUAUUCAUACAACAACUAUGAGGUCCUGACCAUCAAUGAAAAUGUCAUCAGCCAGACGAUCUACAAUGUCAGAUACAACAAGGAUCAUUCUAAAGUCUUCAAAUUUCCUCCUGAGGUCAUGCAUGAAGCAACCAUCAGCAACCAUGAAUGUUACCCAGUAGUGAAAACAGAGACUCUCUCAAAGACAUAUGAGGUGCAGCAGAGGUGGGACUUCACCUUUUCUAUCAUGUUUGGGGCUAAAACAACUAUUACGGCUGGCAUCCCCUCCAUUGUGGAAGAAACUCUUGAAGUCAGCACAGAGGUGCAAUUUCAGUUUACAACAGGAACCACUGUGACAGAGAGUAUGACUGACACUGCCUCUGUGGAGCUUACUGUGCCACCAAACCACUCCUGUAAAUUUUCCACUGUUCGGCGCAAAGAAAAAGUUGAGAUGUCAUUCACAGCACUCCUCAGGCGUACUUACGGUGAUGGAGAGAUCCACACAACGUCAAUCACUGGGACAUAUGACAGCAUUCAGGUUGGAAAAAUCCAGGCUGUGGUGGAUCGAUGUGAACUUCUAGUAAAAUUCAAGCCUUGUCCAGUCCAAUGCAAAUCCAGUGUGAUGUCUGAUGAUGUAAACCUUGUUUUUCUUCUCUUUACAUCAUUUUCCUGUUCAUACUGGAUUUGAAUCAGUAUGCGGUGACCUCUGCUAUUGUCCAUUGGCGUUGAAUAAGACUGAAACAGCAAAUUAUUAGAUUAGUUUUAGUUUACAUUUUACCAGCUUUUAUGCAAACCUUUCUAAUGACUGUAAACACCAAUGAGAUAUAUCAUUCCUUCAUGUUGGCUUCACUUUUUAGACCUGGAAAUGACAAUAUUGUUUUACCAUUUAUUGUAUGUUUAUGACAGGAAACACACUCUUGAUAUUACCUGUUUUACAAACAAUGUGGUUGUUGUUAAAGGUCAGUAUAGAA